UACUUCAACCUCACCCCAAUACCCAGCUCGAAUACCGGUAGCCUUGGUUCCGUCGCUUUGAUACCCCAUAAGUUAGGCGGGAAGUUAAUAAUGGUGAGUAUUCCUGGAUGGUGUACCUUUGGUGAGAUGUACUCGAGUACUUACGGAACAUGUUGCAAUAGUCCACUUUCAAAGGAAUCGUUGCGGGUUUAUUCUCCUGAUUACUGUAUAUACCCUUCGGUGAUCAAGCUAAUGGUCCUCGCUUACAGAGUUUCCGGAUAUAAGAAGUACGCUAUGUCCAUUCCCGCUGCCUCUCCUUUCGGAACUGAUCCUAAUAUCCUCAGUCGAUUAUUUUCGCCGAAGUAAUGACCCGGGGGCUCGCCCAGCCCUAGCUUGCUUUCUGACACAUAUCCAUAGGUUUGUAAAUCAAAGCAAGGCAAAGCUAUAGAAGUACUCUAACAGCUCACCUAACUGUUAGCGAUCAUCUGCAAGGUUUGGAGGGGUUCUACGGAGGUCCUUUCAUCCAUUGCUCAGCGGCUACGAAGGAGGUAGGGCGGUAUAUGCAGCUAACCAUCAAAUAUGCACGUACUCAUGCGCCAGCUAUAGCUGUUAAUAAAACUAGAGAGACGGCUGCACCGUUUGAAUCUUGCGAAAGGCGUUCUUGAAGCGCGACAAUGUCUUUACGCGGAGAAAGAGAAGAAGCUUGUGAGUAUGAGUCAUGCAUAACGUUCUGCAAAUUGCAUUCUGAUACAGUGCCAGAAAGUCAUCCCGCUGGAAACCCCAACAAUGGUUGAGAUAGGCAGCGGAAGGAGCUUACGUGUGACCUUGUUCGAUGUGAGAUGCCCUGUGAAACUACCAGAGGAAGCUAAAACGGCCCAGGCGAACCAUUGCCCAGGCGCCGUCAUGUUCUUAAUGGAAGGCGAUGGCAAAGCGAUUCUAUACACUGGCGACAUACGAGGUGAGUCGUAGACAAUUUGGGGGGGGGGAGCGAGUUUCUAACUAUUCGGGGGACAGCUGAAAAAUGGUGGGUUGACUAUCUCAAGAGACAUCCCAUACUGGUUCCAUACGCGGUGGGCUUGAAGACUCUGGACAAAAUAUACCUGGAUACCUCAUUCGCCGGUAGGAGCAAGAUCCAUGAAGUAUUUUGCUCCAAACAAGAUGGAAUUCAUGAGCUUCUCAGCCAAGUCCGAAAGUACCCCCAAGAUACGGUGUUCCAUCUGAAUGCAUGGACAUUUGGCUAUGAAGAAGUCUGGGUAGCCUUGACCUCAGCAUUUGAUGCUAAAGUAUGAUUAACUGGCAAGCCUAGAGUAGUGCUAAUGGAUCAGAUACACCUUAGUGAUUAUCACCGCCGGCUCUUUCACUUUAUAAGAAGCCCCGAUAAAUACGUUCAUGGUCCAUUUCUCAGUGGUUUCGAAUUUGGUAACUCAAAAGUCCUUGGGUGCGCCACUUCAAAUAUAGAAGCUCGAUUUCAUUCAUGUGAAAAGAGGAUUGGGUGCAAGGGACUUGAAGGAAAGAGGAAUGUUGUUUGGAUAAACCCAGUCGUUACGAGGGUAGGAUCAUUUGACGUUCACGAAGCCGGCGUCGGGAACGGUGAUUGUAGGGCUACCCCGAAACCCGCUUUGUAGAUUUGAGUAAUUGACACUGUUUCAGUGGAAAACCAGGAUGAUCUGGAACUACGGGACGAGCACUUAAAACAGAUCCUUGAGAUUCUGGGGCCGGACGUUCCGGAACGCGUCAGGGAUCUUUUGAAGGAAGCCAGGACAUCCAUGAAGCAGGUACUCCCGCUAUCUCUCCAGAGAGGUGCCGAGGGGGAUGACUUGACGGCACCCAAACUCCUAGGGCUGCUAGACGAAGCAGCGAGCGUAUCCAGUCAGCGGAAGACCCAGGAAACCGAUUCCCAGAUCCUUAUCCCUACCCCUACAAGCAACGAUGAGGAAGGAAUAGUCGCGGAGGGCGGCGAAAUCCUGCCGAAUCUGAUUACCUUCCCCUUUUCACGUCACUCUUCGUACUCGGAGCUACGCGGGUUGGUAUCCUCCUUCAGACCAAGGGAUAUAUACCCUUGCGUUGUCGACGAAGAAACAUGGGAUGAAGAGAAGAGUGUAAAAACAUUGUUCGGCGAUUUAUGCACCGGUGAUGAGUUCGUUCACGAUAAUGACAUGCGACGGCUUUUGGAGGAAGAACACCUGGUGCAGGAGCAGUUAGAGCGGGAACGACUCAAGCGAGAGUUAGAAUCCCAAAGAAAUCUAGAGAGAAGCCAACUCGAGCACCCCGAGACAAAAUUUCCGCAACACCAACCGGAAGAGACAGCAAUCGAAGGCUCCAAGGAGACCGAGGACCAACGGUGGACGCAGGCAAGGGCAAUGGCCUCAUCGACGGCAAGCAACACACCCACCGCCUCCCCAAUAACCUCACCGAAAGCCCCGAAGAGACCACGAAACGCCACGCCCGCAGCAGUUAUGUCCUCACAACCGGACAGUCUAACUCCCAAACAAAUCAAGCACGAGCCACACACAUCACCACCAUCACCACCACCUACCUGGUCGGCAAAGAAAAUUAAAAUUCAGAGCCCGCUACAAGAGACAGUCCUGAGCCCCCCACACCCCGGUAAGGAGGUACGCAUGAGCAGCGUUGAGCGCGAAUUCGCCGAUAGCGAGAGGUUCUGGGAGGGCGUCGACGCUGCACUUGGGAUUGGGGGGACGUGGUGGGACGUGGGGCUUUCGUGCACCAUGCAGAAGUGGGGGUAUGAGGAGGAGGUAGAGUUGUAAUUCUUUUUCUCCUUUCUUUUAUGUCUAAUUGAGGGGUAUCAUAGAGGUGCACUUAUGCGAAUUAGAACACCUAUACUUUAUAAAUGAGUAUGCGGGGAUUAGGGGUCAUGGUUUUGACCCUUUGGUUAUCUAAAUUUAGUUAUCUAUCCACAUAGCGAAAGUAGACACUUUGAACCUU